AUGGCUACCGCUGCAACGGCAUUCCACAUCCACUUGACACCCCAAGAUGCUGGGAUAUACCACAUCCGGGACAUCAAGGACGAUGCUGCUGUGAAAGCCUCUGAGCUACUACAAGAAAACCAUCAGCUAUACAACAUGUAUUUUAACGAUAGAGGAUUCCAUAACCAUAUCGUGCAUCAUCUUCUGGCCGUAUAUGCUCUUGGUGCUCCUCCGCCCCUGAUUCAGAAGGCUUUUGAUGACAAUGCGGAUUAUCAACGCCCGGCUCUACCUGUUGAAGGACCCAUUGUGAACAAGUUGGGCGAGGUGGACAAGUUCCACGAGUACCUUGGUAAACGAAAGUACUAUCCGGACUUCCUCACCUUCUUCCAGAAGCACAUUGAGAUACAAGGCUAUGAGAAUGUCGUGGGCGAGUAUAUAUUCAAGGGUGAUGCGCGUGCAGACGACCUCAUGGGUCGGCUUUUUGCGGGCUUCCUCCACCCUGUCAUCCACCUGGGAUACGGAAUCGAGUUCAAGCAACCAGUCAUCGUCGCGGAAGCUCUGGCCCAGACAUGCACCCAUGACAACUACAUGAACAAAAUCUUAUUUGCUACCGAAAAGGCCGCCAAAGAACGGAAAGGCGCACCGUCGAAAUCCCUGACCCAGCUUCUCGACGAGAUCCGCGCAAGUGACAAGCUCCGCACCGCUGCACAUUGGGACGAUGCAAGCAAAAUUCAAGACGGAAUCAUGAAGCGGGCCCCAGCAGAAAUGGCCCAAAUCGCUAGUCAGUGGACGGUCUCUCCCGACGAAAUCGAGGAAAAGACUGCUGAAAUGAUCAACAAUACUGCGUAUUUUACCGGAGCAUGUUUGAAUCCACGCAAGGAGAUAAAAUUCGACUUUAUCCACAUGCACUCCCUCAACUGCUCCAUAUUCUUCUCGGCAUUUCUCGCACAGGAUUGGAUUUCUCGUGAAAACAAAGCCCGCCUUUUGCAAUUCAAGGGCUGGACCGAUCUCAUUCUUUACGCCGCACAUACGGCCCCGGACCUACACCUUGACGAAAUCACAAAGUAUCAGCCCAAAGAACCCGUUCCCGAGUCAGAAGAAGAUGCCUGGGCUCGCAUCUUCACGCGCGUCACACGCCUCCCUGAUGACGGCCAUGCGAAUAAAUUUAUCCGCGCUUUGGCAAAUGGAAAUAAGGUGUGUAAGCCAUAUGAAAAUAAAGAUAGUUUUAAGAUUAAGGGGGAUAUGUGGCUCAAAUUGGCAAACAUGGUCAUGGACUCAGUCGAAGGAGCGGACAGCAAAUGGCUAUUCAACGCCGGCUUCGAAGAAGCCUGGGCAGAACUUGAGGAUAGGGAAUAA